UAUAUAUAUAUAUAUAUAUAUAUUAGUGUGUAUAUAUAUGUAUAACUGACCUGCAUACUGUUUUUUUUUUAUUUGAACCAUGUUAAUCUCAUACAUUAAUCAUAUAGGACAUGUCUUCCUCAACGGGUGCUAGUAGUGCACCCAACAUUGUGGAGGGAUUAGUACUUUGGCAAUUUGUAACCAAAUUGUAGAAAUUUGGUGGAAAAGGAGGAAAUUUCAAAUGGAAGUGCAAUUAUUGUGGUGUAACAAAAAAUGGUUCAUAUACAAGGGUGAAAGCUCAUUUGUUGAAAGUUUCCGGAGAAGGGGCAGCGGCUUGUGAGGUUGUAACAAGUCCAGAAGUUGCAAAAUUUCAUAAAUUGAUUGAAGAAGAGAAAGCAAAAGCGGAACAAUCCCAACCGAAGAAAGUUCCAUUGCCUCCUUCUAGUGCCUCUCUUACGGGCACAAGUUUCAAUGAAACACAAGGAGGCUUGGGAUCGAAAAAGAGGAGGGCAAACACUAGGGAAAGUGAUAAUCCUGUCAUUAAAGCAUUCAAUGUUGGGGCUCGGGACCACUUACAUAGCGAAAUUGCUCGAAUGUUUUACUCCGGGGGAUUGCCUUUCAACUUGGCAAGAAAUCCACACUAUGUUAGUUCCUACAUGUAUGCUACGAAUCAUAGCAUACCAGGAUAUAUACCACCGGGGUACAACUUGUUAAGAACUAGAUUGCUUCAAAGGGAAAGGGCGAAUAUUGAACGGUUGUUGGAUCUUAUUAAAGGGACAUGGAAGGAGAAGGGCUUGACGAUUGCAAGUGAUUGUUGGAGUGAUUCUCAAAGAAGGUCUUUAAUUAACUUUAUGGCCGUCACCGGAGGUGCACCUAUGUUUCUUAAGGCUAUUAAUUGUGAGGGGGAAAUAAAGGAUAAACAUUUCAUUGCUUCAUUGAUGAAGGAGGUAGUUAUUGAGGUUGGGCCUAAGAAUGUGGUUCAAAUUGUUACAGACAAUGCUGCAAAUUGUAAGGCAGCAGGACAAAUAAUUGAAGCCCAAUACCCUCGCAUCUUUUGGACUCCUUGCGUAGUGCACACUCUAAAUCUUGCCUUGAAGAACAUUUGUGCCGCGAAAAACAUUGAGAAUAACUCACUUGUGUAUGAUGAGUGUAGUUGGAUUACUAUUGUCGUUGGUGAUGCAAGUUGCAUCAAGAAUUUCAUAAUGAAUCACUCGAUGAAAUUGGCUAUUUUUAAUGAGUUUGUUUCUUUGAAGUUGCUUUUGGUUGCCGAGACUCGCUUUGCUUCAUCCAUUGUAAUGCUUAGGAGGUUUACGCUCAUCAAGCAAGGUCUUCAAUCGAUGCUAAUUAGUACUCAAUGGAAUUCUCAUAGGGAGGAGCAAAGGGCUUCAUUUGUGAGGGAGACUUUGUUGAAUGAGAAGUGGUGGGAUAAGGUGGACUACAUUCUAUCAUUUACGGCACCUAUUUAUGACAUGCUUAGAGGAUGUGACACGGAUAAGCCUACUCUUCACUUGAUUUACGACAUGUGGGAUAAUAUGAUUGAGAAAGUGAAGUGUGUCAUUUACAAGCACGAAGAAAAGCAUUUGGAAGAUGAGAGCGAAUUUUAUGAUGUUGUUCAUAAAAUUCUAGUGGAUAGGUGGAACAAGAACAAUACACCACUUCAUUGCUUGGCACAUGCUCUAAAUCUAAGGUAUUAUAGUGACAUAUGGCUUGAAGAGGAUCCAAAGCGAGUUCCUCCACACAAGGAUGAAAAGGUCAUGAAUGAGAGAAAGAAAUGCUUGAAAAGGUAAUUAAAUGAUUCCAUGGAG